CUUUAAUUACUUUUAAUAUUUAGUGAACUAGAUAAGAUGCUUGAAUUCGUGGAUGAAAUGUUCGAUGAUAUCCAUAAUACUAAAUCUGCUCUUCUCCGAUGGGUGUUGGAAUCACUUGAAGUUUACACAGAACAAGAGGAAGAAGAGAUAGAUGCUUUGUUACAUCAUCUAAAUCGUUGUUCGAAGUUAGUCCGCAAGGUUGCUUCCGAAGCGACUGUGUACAAACUGAUGGACCAAAAUAUCUUAAGAGACGCUGCCUUGUGCUAUACUCAUGGGCUUAGAACUGGAGCAAAAUCGUAUUAUGAAUUAUACCUGAAACUUAAAGAAGAUAUUAAUUCUAACUGUAAAGAUAGCUUCCGGCGCAAGGUUAAAGGCUUACUGAAUGUCAAAGCCGAUGAACACAUUGAAAUAGGAACAUUAGCAGGAGGAGUAGAAGACUGCAAGACGUUGUGUCUUAGUGAAGAAAGGUGCAGGGCGAUUGGUUUCGUGGACAGCAUCACAAUCACACUGUCGCAUAGGAAAGGAGACGUUAAAACAGUCAAAAAAGCAAAUCAGUGUCACAUUUAUUUUAGAAGCACAAACACAGCAUCGAUAUACACACCAAAUGGAGCUGAAAAUCCUGCUGUAUAUGACAGAAAAUGCGAUUAAGGGAUGUGUUGUGACGAAUUUCAAAUAAAACUGUUCUGUUUGUAAAUUUGUGUGUGGUGCUGCCAUCUAUCGGCUAAUAUAGUAAUCGCAUGCGACAGAAAGAGAAGCUACAGUUAUGUAAAUAAAAAGUUUUACAACUUUUUAUUUUUUCAGUUGCAGAAGCAAAAUCCGAGCAAUACAGUUAAAUAACUUGUUUUAUGAAAAAUAAAACUUUGUUGUUAAG